CCUCGGCGGCAGCGGCGGCGACGCCGUCGCGCUCGCCUGCGAGGUCAUCGCCGCCGCGCCGCCGCCGCUCCGCCCGCCCGUCGCCGACGCGCUCCUGCCCGCGCUCGAGGCCGCGCGGGGGAUCGCGCGGGCGACGGAGCGCGACCUGCUCGCGGUCGCGAAGCGCGCCGGCCUCGUCGACGCGCUCCGAGACCUCGCCGUCCGCGCCGAGGCCUGCGACGGCGCCCGCGUCUACCCCACGCUCCUCGAGGAUUACUGGGCGGCCGUCGACCCGGAACGGACGCCCGAGACGGCCGCGGCGGCGGCGCCGACGCCGCCGAAGCGCGCGGACGUCGGAGCCGCCGCUCCGGCCGAGGCGUCGGCGCCGGACGCGCCGGAGGUCACGACGCCGGAGGCGGCCGCACCGCUCGACGCGCCCCCGGACGACGCCUCGGCGGCGUCGUCCGAGCCGGAGCGCGCCGCGCGCGACGACGAGCCUCCCGGGGCCGUCCUCGCGUCGAUCCGCGCGGGCUUCGGCCUCGAGACCGACGACGCGCGCAUCGACGUCUCGCAGAGCGGCCAGCUCCAGAUGCUCGACAACGCGCUCAAGGUCAUCGCGCGCGACAUCUACUCGUCGGACUCGCACUUCAUCCUCGAGCUCCUGCAGAACGCGGACGACAACGACUACGCGCCCUCGGCGGCGCCGACGAUCGUCUUCGACGCGUCGCCGGAGGCCGUCGUCGUGCGCAACAACGAGCGCGGCUUCCGCGCGCGGCACGUGCGCGCGCUCUGCCACGUCGGCGCGUCGUCCAAGGGCGCCGGCGGCUCGGGCUACAUCGGCCAGAAGGGCAUCGGCUUCAAGAGCGUCUUCCGCGUCUCGUCGCGGCCGGAGGUCCACUCGAACGGCUACGCCUUCGCGCUCGACGAGCACAUGGUCGUGCCGGCGCCGUGCCGCGGGCCGCCGUCGCCGGAGCUCGCGUCGUGGCUCGCCGCGGCCGGCCUCGCCGCACCGCCCCGCGACGGCACGACCAUCGUCCUGCCGCUGACCGACGAGUUCCGCGGCGACGCGAAGCGCGCGGAGCUGCGCGAGCGCCUCGCGGAG